AUGAAACGCAAGGUCCCUCAUCGGGACGAACUGCUCGACUACAAUUAUGCCGUCGCAGGACACGCUGGCACGUUAUGUGACGCCAAUGGAGAGCUCUUCAUCAAGCCCUGCACGCAGGCCGAGAUAGAUUUUUACAAUAGCGUCGUUCGAGGAAGCGAUUUCGCCGGCAUUAUACCCACCUUUAUAGGCGGACUCGAGCACAGCGACCCUUUCGACCUCAACAUAAACGACCCCGUCGAGACCCUCAAGGAUCAAAUCAAAGCGACCAUCGCAGAGCAUGUCUCGCACGCGUCCGCCGAGAUGACGGCGGCGGCGGCGCCAAACGACGACACCCCUUGGGUCCCAACAAACGGCAAAAAGAUCGAGACCAACCUGGCGGUCGCGCUGGAUAACGCCGCCAGUGGCUUCAAGAAGCCCAAUAUUCUCGAUGUCAAGCUCGGCAUGCGGCUGUGGGCCGACAACGCGCCGGCCGCGAAAAAGGCGCGCUUCGACAAAAUUGCGUCCGAGACAACGCACCUCACGCACGGCUUCCGCAUCGCGGGGAUGCGCGUCUACCGUGGGUCCGACGACCCCGCUCGACUCGACGAUGAGGGCUAUCUCGUCUACGACAAAGACUACGGCCGUGUGACGAUGAAUAAGGACAACAUCAUUGACGGUUUUCGACGCUUCGUGUUUAACCCGGCCGCAGGCAUUGACGAGGCGCUGGGCCGCGCCGUAUGCAAGAUGUUUGCGGACAAGAUUGCACACGUUUAUAAAGUUAUUGACAAACUUGAAACACGCAUGUACUCGUCAUCGCUGCUCUUCGUCUUUGAGGGCGACGGAGAGGCACUGCGCGCCGCCAUCGAGCAGCAAGAUGAGAGCAAGACGGACCUCGAGACCAAGCUCGCCAACCGCACGACCACGCGUACUGAUAGUGGCAUUGCCAUGGGCGGCGACAGCGAGCGGGCCGAGAUGGCCGGCGGCGACGAGGACGACGAUGCCAGCCGCACGACCACGCGUACUGAUAGUGGCAUUGCCGUGGGCGACGACAGCGAGCGGGCCGAGGUGGCCGACGGCGACGAGGACGACGAUGACGGUGUAGGCCUGGACGGCGAUGACGGUGUAGGCCUGGAUCACGAUGCCGGUGUACGCCUAAAUGACAAUGACGUUGUAGGCCUGAACAAAGGCCCGCAAGUUCUCUCGCUCAAGCUGAUUGAUUUUGCGCAUGCGGAAUGGACGCCCAAACAAGGCCCGGACAAAAACUUGCUGUUUGGUGUCGGGGAACUCAAGAAAAUUUUUGAGGAGCUUUCGAAGUAG